ACUGUCAUUUGUUUGUCAUAAUCUAUUAAUAAAAAAUCUAAAUUAUCAAAAUAUUUAUUUCAAUUUUCAAUUAAUUGGACUGGGAGUUUAUUUUCUACUCUACAAUAUCAUUUGACCCUUUUGGAUGUGUGACUAUAUUAGACCGUAAAUUCUGAUUGUAUUCACUAAACAAUUAUAGUAUCUCAUCUACAAAUGGAAGACAUUAAGUCGACAAGCGAAGAUUGCCAGAACGAGCCUAAAAUCGAGUUCAAGAAGCCUGUACUCAUUGGUCGUAUUGGGAAACUGCCUAAAAAGGCUAAAAAUGAUAGCGAAAAGCCACCAGAACCGAAAGCUGAAGAAAAAUCGAGCGAAAGUGUGGGCGAUAGUUCUUCAAAAUCUAACUUGCCUCCUGCAGUUUUGUUAAAGGAGUUAUCAACACCCAUUCCUUACAAGGAACCUAAAUGGUCAGGCUUGUGUCCAGAUGGUUCAGAAUAUGGCUUAGAAGUUCUUAAAUCAGGCAUGAUUGUGGAGAAAGUGGAUUUGACGAGCAAACCAUACUAUGUGUUUGGUAGGCUUGCCAACUGUGAUGUUGUUAUGGCCCAUCCUACUAUAUCGAGACACCACGCAGUGCUGCAAUACAAAGCGUUCGCGGCGGAAGGCGAGGCGGCGGCGGGCUGGUACGUGCGCGACCUCGCCAGCACGCACGGCACCUUCCUCAACCGCGAGCGACUCGCGUCUGCGCGCUACGUGCGCGUGCGCGUGGGACACCAGCUCAGGUUCGGCAAUAGCACCCGGACUUAUAUCAUGCUGGGCCCAGAUUUUGAUUGUGAAGGGGAGUCGGAAUUAUCCGUGUCAGAAAUCAAACAGAGAGCGCAGAACAUGAAGGCAGAGCGAGAAAGGAUGAUAAAAGAGGCCACGGAGCAGAGGGAGAAAGAUAGAUUGGCUGAAGAGAAGAGGCGAGAGGAACAGGGCAUUGAUUGGGGGAUGGGAGAAGAUGCAGAAGAAGAGCCAGAUUUAGCGGACAAUCCAUACGCAGUGACAGCCAAUGAGGAACUCUAUUUGGACGACCCGAAGAAGACAUUGCGAGGUUACUACGAGAGAGAGGGACACGAGUUAGUGUAUGACUGUGAGGAGAGAGGCCCGGGGCAAUUUAUGUGCAGAGUAGAGUUACCAAUCGACGACGCCAGAGGGCGGGCAGUGAUGGCGGAAGUGAUGCACAGAGGAAAGAAGAAGGAAGCUGUCAUAGCUUGCGCGUUGGAGGCCUGCAGGAUUCUGGACAGGGCUGGGCUGUUGAGGCAGGCUAAACAUGAGUCACGUCGCCGCAAAGAACGUGAUUGGUCCGCUGACGAUUAUUACGACUCAGAUGACGACACAUUCUUAGACCGCACCGGCGCUGUGGAGAAGAAGAGGAGUAUUCGAAUGAAGAAACACAACCAACAGCCAGAUAAACCUCUCACGUAUGAUGAUUUGCUCAAGCAAAUAUCAGACAUUGAAACAAAAAUCACGGCCGAAGAGAAAUGCCUCGCUCGGCUUCGUGAGAACUCAAAACCGGUUCAGCAAUCUGGCGACGAAGACGCUUUGGACGCCUUCAUGAGCAGCUUGAGCGGGAAACAGAGCGUCGCGCAAAAAGCCGACAUUUCUAAUGCUAAGAUGAACAUAAGAAAACUGCAAGCGGAACUGUCAAAAGUCCAGCGGUUAGCGGAAAUAGCGAGGCCAGCCCAUUUGCCGCCAUUGAUCAAAAAGGAGGAGAGAACGGGAAACAAGAUGGCGGUCAAAAUCGGGAGCAACUCCGUUGUCUAUGGGAAGAGGAUAAAGUUAAAAGAGGACAUGGAACGCCGGCCAAAAGUGAGGAUAGAGGUGAAGAAGGAAGAAGCGGAGUUCGUUGAGGAAGUGGAUUCUGACGAGGGAGAAAGCGAGGGUUCCAGAACUGAGGGGGAGAGUGAGAAGUCUACAGGAGAUAAGAAAGGUCCAAGCGAGACAGCGUCUGAGAGUAGUAAAAGUGAAGAAGAAGCGCCGAAAAAAGUGUACGGUCCCAUGCGACCGCCAGAAGAUUACGUCAUACCUGAAAAUUAUUUCGACCAGGAGACGGAGAGAGAUCUACCAGAAAUUAUGGAGAAAGAGUAGUUUUUAAGAAAUAAAACAGUUAUUUAGA